CUCGGUCUCCAAGGCUAGUUUCCAGGAGGCCAGACAAACUCUGUGCAGGGAAGCCUGCAGUAACAAUGAGUGGUUCCCCACUGUGGACCCCAAAUGUGUAGGCACAGCUUUCUAUCCUCUUCAGCCACCUCACAGGCCCCCAAGAUGAUGCACUCAUCAGUGGCAGACCAAAUGACUCGGCUAACUCUGAAACUUUUGGAACAGAAGCUGGAGCAAGAACGAGAGAACAUGGAAGGGAGCUCUGAGGUCACCCACCUUGUGCCAGGACGCGAGGACAGGCUGGAUGAGGCACUGCAGAGCGCUCAGAGGAGGAGGAGGGAGCUACUGCUGAGACUCCGGGAACAGCAGCUCCUGAAUGAGUGCCCUGAGACCCACACCUGGAGUAGGGCAUGUGGAGGGACACUGGGGCCAGCUCUGCUCCCAGAAGCACCACCUGUGGGCAUCUACCCCACUGCCUCCCCAGCCCCACCAGCCCUGGAGCUACCAAGAAUCAUCCAACACCAGGUCCCCCAGCCUCCUGCCACCAUCAUUCAGCAGCUGCCUCAGCAGCCCCUCAUGGCACAGAUCCCGCCUCCACAAGCUUUUCCUGCUCAGAGGUCAGGAAGCAUUAAGGAAGACAUGGUGGAGAUGAUGCUGAUGCAGAACGCACAGAUGCACCAGAUCCUCAUGCAGAAUAUGAUGCUCAAAGCCUUACCGUCUGCACUGGCACCUGUGGGACUGCACUCUGCCCUGCAGGACCCUCGGGGGACACGCCCAGCUGUCCUGAGAGCUGAGAGGCAGAAGCCACCUGCAGUGCACCACCACCACCACUAUGUGCCUUCUGCCCAACUGCAGCCUGGCUCCAUGCCAGGCUCCCAGCUUAGUUCCACUGUGUGGCCCUCAGUGGUUGCAGCCACUUCCCUGCCACCUGCCACCAGCUUCCUGCCCACCAUGUGCCACGUGGCCAGUCCUACUGCUCUGCCUGCUCUUAGCACGCUGGUGUCUGGUGGCAUCCUCUCCUCACAGGCUCCAGGUGUAUAAGCCUAUUUACUUCAGCUUGGUAAGCAGCAAAGUCUUUCAUCUUUGGUCCCUUACCACGAUCCUUCUGGAAAACCAGGUGACUCCCACUCAGAGGAAAUACAAGGGUUUCACCAGGACAGAAUCUAAGACAACAGGGCCCAGCAUGCAUACAAGAAAAGAUCCAAGGUUUCCGUCACAUAAAAACAUAAAACAGGGCUGGAGAUAUAGCUCACGGCACAAGUGCCUGCCUGGCUAACUUGAGGUUUUGAGUUCAAUCCCCGGUACCAAAAAAAACACCAAAAAGCAAAAAACCCCCAAAAGCCAGGGAUUUAGCUCAGUGGUGUAAGUGCUUGCCAGGCAAGUAUAAGGUUAUGAGUUCAAUCCCUAGCACCAAAAAUACAAAACAAAACAAACCCAUAAAACAUUAUAGGGGUGGUACAAAACAAAGUCACACUGGGGCUGGGGAUGCUGCUCAGUGACGCAGUUGUCUACUUAGCUUAGUCUUCAUGCUAUGAGGACUGGCAUGGGGACCUUACUGGUUGCAUGUGUGGAAUGGUCCUACAUCAGUGUGAGUAAAGCAAGUGGAACACAUAUGCCAGGACUCUGGGUUAUAGUCUACAUGGGAGAGGACCCACAUACUGCCUAUAUAGCCUCUGUUGAAGACCAGCAGCCAAACUCAGCCCCAGCUCAACAGGGCCAGCAAAGCAGGGGGUGGGGAGGGGGGGAACGCACAGGCUUCUCUACAGUCUGUCCCUUCUGCUUUGUUGGGACUGGGAUUCGGGUAUAGCUACCUAGCUACUAUAAUGCUGUUUCUACUUUACUGGAGGAAUCAGGUCCCCUUGCAUUUUAAUGUUAUUUUUUAAAGAAUCUUUUAAACUAUUACACAUAAAUUUCUAUUUCUUCCUUUUCAGGGCCUCUCUUUUCCUUGGUGGUAUGUGGAUUGAACUCAGGGGUCUUCGCAAUGAGUUACAUCCCAAAACUCUUUUUUUUUUUUUUUUUUUGAGACAGGAUUUCGCUAAGUUAUUAAGUUGCCCAAGCUUUCUUUCUUUUUUUGGUGCCGGGGAUUGAACUCACGACCUCGAGUUUGCCAAGCAGGCACUUAAGCUGCUGAGCUAAACCCCUGGCCCCUGAGCUCCAAUUUUUUCUUUUUUUUUUUAUCGGUACCAGGGAUCGAACUCACGACCACCUGCUUGCAAGGCAGGUGCUUAUGCCGCUGAGCUAAAUCCCCAGCCCCAAGCUCCAAUUUUCAAUUCUCCUGCCUCAGCCUCUCAGAGUGCUCAGAUUACAGGUGUGGGCUAUCAUGCCUGGCUCAAACUAAGUAUUUGUGAAAUGAUUCACUAGCAGUGUUUAUGUCCUUAAAACCUUACAGGUUGAAGGGAAGAUGAGUCAGAGAGGCUUCACAGUGGCUUGGAGCCCCACCUCUGGCUAAGGCUCUCAGGUGAGCGUCAGAACCUGAGGAGCAGGGUGUGUGCCCACGUGGACGGGUGGAUGGAGAGUGACACACACCCAGCUCUGGUGGUGGCAUCGUUUCCCUCACAGUCAUCUUCCAGUGUGCCCCUGAAUGUAAUUCCAGAUUCUGUGUAUUACAAGCAUGAAUUAAAGGCUUGACUUGAUUUCCUA